CUUUCUGAGCUCUCCUCGUUUGUUUAUUCGUCGACUGUCUGAACCAGCUUAGCUGUCCGUUUCUGUGUGUUUGUGGAUAUUUAGCUUAUUUUAAGAGUUUAUAAAAUCAGUAACUUGGUAUUUCAGCAUGGGAUGUGACGGAGGAACCAUUCCCAAAAGGCAUGAACUGGUUAAAGGACCGAAGAAGGUGGAAAAGGUGGAUAAAAAUGCUGAACUUGCUGCUAAGUGGAAGUACUGCGCCCUGAGCCAGGAGAAGCUCAGGCGGCCCAUUGUGGCUUGUGAACUUGGGAAAUUGUACAACAAAGAUGCUCUCAUUGAGUACCUGUUGGAUAAAUCAGCAGAAAGACCAAAUAUCGAGGUUGUAGCGCAUAUUCGUGGAAUCAAGGAUGUGAAAGAAUUGAACCUGACCGAAAACCCUGCCUGGGAAGGAGAGAGGAGGAAUACUAAAGGGGACUGCUAUGAGGAUAUGCACUGCGCCAUGUUCAUCUGUCCUGUAGUGGGGCUGGAGAUGAAUGGCAAACACAAGUUUUGCUUCCUUCACACCUGCGGCUGCGUGUUCUCAGACCGAGCUCUCCGUGAGGUUAAGACAGAGAUCUGUCAUAAGUGUGGAGAUCCGUUCCAAGAAGACGACAUUGUGGUGCUGAAUGGAUCCAAAGAGGAACAGGAGAAGUUGCAGAAGACAAUGGAGGAGAGAAGAGCCAAAGCUAAAACAGGAAAGAAAUCAAAGAAAAGCAAGAGUGCUGAAACGGUUUCCAAACCUUCGGAUUCAAAAGUGUCUUCAGAUUCGAAAUCAGCACCAGUGAAUGGAGAGAGCAGUGGAAGCAGCAACAGCAGCGGCAGCAGCAGUGACUCAGUUCCAGGACCUUCUGGCUCCUCUAAAACAGUGAAGCCCGUCGCUGCAGCAGGAAGUAAAAGAUCCAUUCAGCAGAUGGAUGAGAAAUCAGAGGCCUACAAAUCUCUCUUCACUUCCCACAGCUCUGCCAAGCGCACCAAAGAUCAGCUGUCCAACUGGGUCACUCACACUCCCUACCACUUUUGAGGGUUGUGUUUAGUUAAGUGUGUGGAAGCGCCCUCUUGUGGAGAAUUGUGUGAAAGAAUAUUUUAGUUUGUGCACACUGUUACCUACAAUACAGAUUUUUUUUUUAUAUAAACCCUCUCCAUAAUUUUACAUUAUAAGGUUUUUUUGGGUAGAAGUGUAUGAUGAUCCUUCUCAAAUUACUGUUGUGGUUAAACAUUAUUGUUGCAUGUUUUAUUUCAAUUUUUUUGACAAACAUUUUUGAGGCUUAUUUUUCUUGCUUUAUUUCUUUUUUUUUUAAUGUGUGUGAUACAGGUGCAUUCCACAAACAUAAAAAAGUUACUUUAUUUCAGUAAUUCAGUUCAGAAUGUGAAACUCUGAAUCCAUAGCUCCAUAAAAGUUGUCAGCAGAGGGAAGCAUGAAGUUCUGUAAGAUUUUCCAGAAAAACACUGAUGAUCAGUAAUUGUAUGGAGGGACAUGUCAUCUGCUGGUGUUGAUCCACUGUGUUUUAUUAUCAAGUCUAAAGUCAGUGCAGUUUUGUUUUCCCACAAAAUCUUACAGCACUUCAUGCUUCUCUCUGCUGACAACUUCCAUGGAGAUGCGGAUUUCAUUUUCCAGCAGGACUUUUGCCCACACUGACAAAAGUACCAAUUGGUUUUAUAAUAUAAUCUAAUUUUCUGAUUUUCUGAUUUUUGGGAUUUCAUUGGCUGUAAACCAUAAUCAUCAACAAUAAAAGAAAUAAAAACUUAAAAUAGAUCACUCUGUGUUUCAUACAUCUAUAUAAUAUAUGAGUUUCACAUUUAAAACUGAAUUACUGAAAUAAAGUAACUUUUUAAUGAUAUUCAAACGUUCUGAGAUGCACCUGUAUCUGUAAUUUCUGCUCUGUUGUCAUUUUUCAUGACUCCUGAUUCACUGCUUAUUCUGCAUCACUAAGAGAUGCAAGUUUAUGGACAUAGCUUUGGACACUUUAUCAGGUACAUCUUCCACAUUUACACCUGCACACCUUAUCCCAACAAGCCACUGCUAUGAAUUUGUCACUGAAAUGCCUUUUUUGUGGGUGCAUAAGGUAGCAGGGGAGGCUGCAACAGGUUAACUACAGUCAGAAUCUAUAAAGUCAGUCAGAAAACUAUAUACUGCACCUACAGGUGCAUCUAAAAAACAAAACAGAAUAUCAUUGAAAAGUUACUUUAUUUCAGUAAUUCAGUUCAAAAUGUGAAACUCAUAUAUUAUAGAUGAGUUUUAGAUGCAUUUAUUUCUUUUCUUGUUGAUGAUUAUGACUCACACCUAGUGAAAACACAAAAAUUAGAGUCUCAGAGAAUUAAAAUAUUAUAUAAGACCAAUUGGUGUUUUUGGCAGUGUGGGCAGUGUGCCAAGUCCUGCUGGAAAAUGAAAUCCGCAUCUACAUAAAAGUUGUCAGCAGAGGGAAGCAUGAAGUGCUUUAAGAUUUUGCUGGAAAACACUGCACUGACUUUGGACUUGAUAUAACACAAUGUGGAUUUCAUUUUCCAGCAGGACUUGGCACUCUGCUCUCACUACCAUAAGCACCAAUUGGUCUUAUAUAAUAUUCAGAUUUUCUGAUUUUGGGGUUUUCAUUAACUGGAAGCCAUAAUCCUCAACAAUAUAAUAAAAUAGAUCACUCUGUGUGUAAUACAUCUAUAUAUCAUUUAAGUUUCACAUUUGAACUGAAUUACUGAAUUAAAGUAACUUUUUUAAUAAUAUUCAGAUAUAUUUUUGAGAUGCAACUGUACAUGUAUCUGAUAAAAUGACCAAUGUGUGAUAGAGUGGGUAGGUGAAGCUAAUGAACUGGCAAUUCUGUGUGUAUUUAAAUAUUGCUUUUUAGAGUGAUAUUAGAAACAGCAUUUCCCAGACCCUUGCCUGGCUCCCAGCUCUGCACAUUUUAGUACUUUUCCUGCUCCAGGCAUGCUUUAUCUAAUUAGUUAAUUCCUUGCAUAGUUGCAGUGGGUGUGUUAAAACAGGAAAUCUAACUAAUUUUGCAGGGUCCACAUCUACUAAGACUACGGUAAGUAUAGCUAAAACUUAGUUUAAAAAUUUAAAAAAAUUAAACUGUCAUGAGGAAACACACAGAUGUAGGAAUGUGGCCUACGCAGCUUUUUUGUAAGCCUGCAAUUUUAGUACAUGAAGCCCAAGAUCUGGCAUUGUUUAAAUCACUUGUCUAUAGUCUGAGUCUGAUAGAUAAUAUGCUUCUUAUUUGUUAGAAUAUAUGUAAUCCUAGGUGCAGCAGUUUACAGCAAAGUGAUUUAUAAAUAAAACUCAACACCCAA